UUGUUGCUUCUUUGUCACAGUGAGAUGGGGAAAUUGUUCCUCUGUGGGAACAAGGAGGAGCGCGUCAUUCGGCGAAAGUUGCAUUAAGUAGUGGACACCGCCUCCCCCUCUCCUCCUCCCCCUCUGCCCCCCCCCCCUACUCUUCCUCGCCAUCAUCAACACGGAGGGCAAGUUGGUCAAGCAGAAUUGAAGGAGUCGCCCCACAUUCCGACCAUAACUUGGCCACAGACGAUGAAGGAAUGCAUCGUCCCCUUUCGAGGGUACUCAACAGAGCAGCCAAGGAAAAUAUUUGCAGAAAAACUCCCUUUAAGUUAUCUUGAUCUUCUUUAUAGUGGACAAAAGUGAUGAUAUUGCUGUGUAUGUGAAGUAUGAGGAGAAGUAUUUAGAGGGGAAACAAAUGGGACUUUUGCAUGCAAGAACACUUGGUGAAUUGAUAUCUCUACAACACGCCAAGAAAACUAUGGAAUUGGAACUAAAUUUACUUUCUGUCACCAGAUUGUUAGGUGGUGUGUAAUUAAAUACACUCGGUUCGCCGGAAUUCAUACAUGGUAAACUAGACUUGCCUCUGCACACACAUAAAGAUGUGCCGCUUUUUACUCCAACACAUAAAGUAGAGCCAUAGAUAUGUUUUUUGUUUCACUCGCAGCAGUAUUAGAAAAUACACUGUGACGUUCCAUCAACAGUGUUGUUUUGUCACCAUCUUUUGACAUCUUUCUGUCAAGGAAGUAUGUUGAGCAAUGUGGUUGGAAAGAUCUUCAAAGAGACGUGCGGCACAAAGACCUUGUUGGAGUUCCAACAUCGGGCUGAUAAGAUGAGUGGUUUCCCUCCUUCAAAGAUGUUAUAAUCAGGAAAUAAACCAAAGCGUUUGACGUUCCAAAGAAAAUAAAGAAGACAAUGGAAGAAUGCACAAACGCAUGCUUGUAUGUAUUGGCUGUCAGCCAUGAACUCUUAAUGGAUGUUUUAUCAAUGAUAAUGAGAUGUUCAAGCCAUAGUCUCUAAGAAGUUAGGACAUGGCAAGAAGGCAAGUUUCCUUCUGUGUUCAUGAAACCUUCAGGUCAUGAAACAAUGUGGGAGGAUGCCUUUGAGGCAUUUAAAUAAAUACCACCUUUUCCACCGCCUUCUGUGUGCUUAUAAUUCGGAAUAGUAACAUCACUUGAGGUUUUCCAUUGUCCAGGUUUUUUUUAAGGUUUGGUUACUUCGCAUUGUCAACGAUAUGUGUAUUGUAGUUAACACAUUGCUACUCACUACCAGCUACCGUUGUCAGUGUCAGAACUGAUCAUCCAAGAAAUAAACACAACACUAUAAAAAUACAACUCACGAGGACCCACUGUUAUCCUCUGUCUUAUAUGUUUUUGCCGAAAAAGUAACUGGGUUGAGGUUAGGGGUCAUUUACGGUGCUGUUUUUUUUUUCAGGUGGACCCCGGGCUUCAAUAUGGAGCAAAAUUAUGAACAAUUCGCACGCAAGGUUAGCACAAAACCGUCAGAGUUUUGCUCGAAAACAACAAAAAAUGUCAAGAACCGACAACUACAACAUCUGGAAUUUAUUUCAGUCUCUCCCUCUCUCGCCUCCUCUCUCACUCGCACUCCCUCGUUCUUGCUCUGUUGCCAAGGCUACCACACAGCCUCUUGCUGCAUAUACCUAGAUGAAGCUGCUGCUGCCACUCUGCUCCAGGAUACAAACAAUAGCGAGCCCAUCACACGCAAACACCCACCGCAUAAGUCCCCUUGGCCUCCGCUAACCUCGCACGCAUCUUCAAACCAACCCGUCCGUCUCUUCCUCGCAUGCGAGCACGCUCCAUCUCCAGCAGGCAGGGGAGCAGCAAAGGAAUUGGUGUUUGGCUGCUGCUCUUUGGCUCAGAGGGAGAAGAGCGCCAGAUGGCCGUUUGAAGCAGGGCUCAUUCAGGUUGCUUCUCGAUGGCCAACGUUGACUGGUUGCGGCAAGAUAAAGGGUUUAUCUUCAUCAUGUGAUCUGACUCCCACGCCAUCCUUUUCUUCGCUCUACCUUAAGAGCCUUCUAUCAACAGGAGGAUCAUGACCCGACGCCUGAGCAGCUCCACCCGCUCCCACACCGAGGACUCCAUCUUCCUAAGGCCUGAUGAGGACCCUGUUUGGCUGGAUGAGCCCACAAAGACAGGAAAAAGAGUAGAUAGAGCCUCGAAAACUGAAGAAUUGCUUGGAAGAAAAGAUGAAAGCACAGAGGGGCAAAGUUCACGACAAGAAGAAGUGUUUUUGCAUAAAGUGUACAGUCUGGUGGUCCAGUUCCACUACUGGGCCGCUCUCUUUGUCAUCUCCCAAGUCACGGGGUACUGGAUGUUCUUUGUGGUGGAAGGAAAUGGGCCCUUUGCCUCUAUCUAUAAAGCCCUCCAGGUCAUCGACUUCUAUCUCGGCUUUGUCUUACCCUGCCACCCAAUAUUUGGAAUGGAUUCUAUGAAGGAUGUAGUAAACACGACACAGCAAACAUGGAUCAUCUACGCCACUGUAGGCAUUGGAGUUACCAUCUGUGUUUCUAUGGUCGUCCAUAUGGUGUGUAGGUGGCGAUACGGCACUGGCUUGAGCCCACCUGGAAGCGCUUCAAGAGACAUUGGAGACAGACGUCAGUCUGUGAGCCGUCAGCCCUCCUUCACCCUGUCAGAGUGGACGGACGCCCAAGAGGACCUGAUGGAUCUGGAUGCCGUGCCUCAGACUCCAGUCUUUGAAAUGGGAACUGACAGCAAGCCAGAGGGAGAUGCUGCAACUCUCACAGUCACACCGGUGGGGCUUCAAGAGAGGAGAGGCUCCAAUGUUUCCCUGACCUUGGACAUGUGUACGCCGGGCUGCACGGAGCCUUACGGCUACGGAGCCCAGCUUUCCCCAAGGGACCAGUCAGCCCAAGAGUACCUCCGGCAGGGCACACAUAUUCUCACCCCUGCCAUGCUACACACACGGGCUAUGGAUGACCAGGGCCUGCAGGCGGAGUUCUAUGAAACUCCAAUGAACUUUGUGGACCCUAAGGAGUACAACUACCCAGGGCUUGUGAGAAAGAACCGCUACAAAACCAUCUUACCCAACACACACAGUAGAGUGAUCCUAAAGUCACAAGAUGAAGAUGAUUUCCUCAUUACUUACAUCAAUGGCAAUUAUCUCAAAGGUUAUGGGGGUGAAGAGCGUGCAUACAUCGCCACGCAGGGUCCAACAGUAAACACGGUGGGGGACUUCUGGAGAAUGGUGUGGCAGGAAAGGACCCCCAUCAUUGUAAUGAUCACCAACUUGGAGGAGAAAAAUGAGAAAUGUGCCGAGUACUGGCCUGAGGACACUGUGACCCAUGAGGGGAUUGAAAUCACUGUUGUCACGGUAACACAGGAGGACGACUACAGUCUGAGGGUGUUUACUUUGAAGUGUGGAGAUGAGGAACGGAGUCUGCGGCAGUACUGGUACACCUCAUGGCCUGACCAGAAGACACCAGACAAAGCGCCACCUCUUUUAGAGCUGGUACAGGAAGUGGAAAGAGCCAGAGAGGAGGCCCCACCCACUAGUGGCCCUGUAAUCGUGCAUUGCAGUGCUGGAAUCGGUCGGACUGGCUGCUUCAUCGCCACCUCCAUCCUCUGUAAGCAGCUAAGGAUGGAGGGAGUGGUUGACAUCUUGGGAACAACCUGCCAAAUGCGUCUGGACAGGGGUGGGAUGAUCCAGACAUGUGAGCAGUACCAGUUUGUGCAUCAUGUCCUCAGCCUGUAUGAAAAGCAGCUGUCUCACACCUCUGAAGAAUAGUGCUUGCACAGUGGCCACGCCCACACUGAGACACACCACUGUACACUGUGCUGCUUCUGGCGGUCCACACCACUGUACCAAGCAUCAUGUCAUGUGUCACCCUUUAAAAAAAGUUCACAUCAUUAUAUUGAUCCAUGGCAGACUUGAACAGAAACCUCUACUUGUUCACAUUUCCCUAAUAACAAAAUAAGCAUGUAAAUUGCAAGAUAAUAAUCUUCUGAAAUGUUAUCAUUUGCCAUACUGAGGUUAUCACAUUUAUCUGCAUGAGACACCACAGAGUCAUGAGUAAGCAUCUGGAGCUCUUGUGUGCAUUAAAAUGCGAGAAAUUUAAUAGUUGGAAACAUUAUGAGAUGG